GAUCGCUGCUGUUGGGUAGGAGGGAUGGCGGUGCCGGUGCCAGCCUGCGGGGGGCCGCUCAUCGGCGAGGGUGACCAUGUGGUGCUGAAGAGGGAGGAUGUCUUCAAAGCGGUCCAAGUGCAGAGGAGGAAGAAAGUAAUAUUUGAAAAACAAUGGAUAUACCUGGAUAACGCCAUUGGUAAAAACUAUGGCACAAUGUUUGAGAUAACUGGAGGUGGAAAUCUUCAGACAAAGAGUAAUGUGGUCCCAUCAGCAGAGCCUAAGGAAGCAGGUGCUGACAACCGUAAUAUAGUAGAUGAUGGCAAAUCCCAAAAGCUUACUCGGGAAGACAUCGAGGCUUUGAAGGAAAAAGGCAUUAAAGGCCAGGAAAUUGUCCAGCAGCUUAUAGAGAACAGUACGACGUUUCGUGGCAAGACGGAAUUUGCACAAGAAAAGUAUAUAAAGAAAAAGAAGAAAAAGUAUGAAUCUCAUAUUACAAUUUUAAAGCCUUCCACCCGUAUUCUUGCCAUAAUGUACUAUGCUAGAGAACCUGGAAAAAUUUGUCACCUCCGAUAUGAUACUUUGGCCCAGAUGCUGACAUUAGGAAAUAUCCAUGCAGGAAGUAAAGUGAUAGUUAUGGAAACCUGUGCUGGUUUAGUUCUGGGAUCAGUAAUGGAGCGCAUGGGAGGAUAUGGAUCUGUUAUUCAGAUGUACCCGGGUGGUGGACCUGUUCGAGCUGCAACAGACUGCUUUGGUUUUCCAAAGUCUUUUUACGAAACACUGUAUGAGUUUCCUCUCCACAAACUGGAGGCUUUGAUCUCUGGAACUUUGAAUUACUCUUCUAAUGUUAUUCCUGAGGAGAACACGGAAAAGACUGAUGAGGAAAGCAGCAGGUCAGACAAUGAAAAGCAAGAAGCUACUCUGGCUGUUGUAGGGGACUGUAUAGCUGAAGAAGUGGAAGAAAGUAUGGAAACCAGUCAACCAGAAAACGAAGAAGCAGAGAAAAGUUGUGGAGAGAUCUCUGAGAACCACAAAGGAGGCCAGAAUCUUGACAAGAAACAACUUGCAAUAGAAAAGAAGCGUAAACAAGACGAGAGAAGAAAGAGGGAGUGCGAAGCUGCAAAGUUGUUACAAGAUAGAAAUGCUGAUGGGCUGGUCGUAGCCUCCCGGUUCCACCCUACACCUUUGCUUCUUAGUUUGCUAGAAUUCGUUGCUCCAUCAAGGCCCUUUGUUGUCUACUGCCAAUACAAAGAGCCUCUACUUGAAUGUUAUACAAAACUUAGAGAAAAAGGUGGCGUCAUUAACCUCAGGCUCUCAGAGACCUGGCUGAGAAAUUAUCAGGUCUUGCCAGACAGAAGUCACCCGAAAUUGGUGAUGAGCAGCGGAGGAGGUUACCUACUAUACGGCAUCACAGUAGCCAGAGACACCACAAAGACCAAUAGUAGGUGCCCAGAAAGAACCGAAGAACCAGCACCAAAAAAGCAAAAAGUUGUAGAAGAUAAAAGCUAAAUGUUAUUUUUAAUGUCGUGCAACAAACGCUCUAACAGCAGCAUGUACCGGAGGAUUUUUUUAUAAAUAUAUAUUUGGUUGCUUGUCUUCUAUUGAUUUUUUUUUUUUUUUUUUUAAUUAUUAUUAUUUCUUUUCUCUCUCUUUUUAUUUUUUAUUUUGUGGCAUUGAGUCAA